AUGGCGCAGCCCGUGCUCCCGAACCCCUCCAACUUUCUAGCCGUGGCGCUCGUCAUCAACCGAUCUCGUGAUGGCCCCAAUUUCGUCUUUCACUACCCGCCCCAGGUUCUGCCCCCAAAUAAAUCAAAGAGCCACGAGCCGGCAGAUACCGCCGCGGAUAGCGAUGACAUUCUGCUUGAGCGUCUAAAUCAACCCGCCUCGCUUGACGCGGAUGCGAACGCGGACGAUCUGCAGCAAUGGACCGCGGGAGAUGAUCACCUGAUCACCGACGAAGGCACUCAGAUCGUGCCCUGGGAGCAUGUGGCUGGCUUUCCUACGAAAGAUCUCGCCAGUAUCUUAACCCCCGGAAGAGCCUAUCACAAGAAACUCUUCCAGCUGUCUCUCGACCCACUGUACUGCGUCUCUUAUCCCAUCCACGUGCCCGAAAGUGGUAGCUGGAAGAAAAAGAAAAAGAAGAAAGGGAAGCCGGAGAGGGCCAAAUCUGUGCGGACGGAGGAGUCGGCCGUCUUGGUUGACUAUGAACCAAACGAGGACAAUGACGAAACGCCCACUGGCGCCGACGCAUCUCAGACAGAACCAAGAGACGAUGAAAAGCUCCAGCCGGAGGAGGUGGAUGACAAACGCGCUUCCAUGACCAUGUUCAACCUGGUCUUUAUUCUCAACCCGAGGAAGCAGGAGGCCAAGGAGCUCAUCGACACUCUGUAUCUGAACAUUAUUAAGAAAGUGAACAAGGCCUACAAAUACUGCCAACAACACAGUGAGUUCGUGUGGAAAGAGUCAAAACGCAUCUCUGCAUUGAAAGAUAAGGGCCGCGAAGACAAACGCAAGAUGAGCUCCUUGUGGAGCGAGAUAUUAGCAACCUCGUCUCUCGCCGCCUCCGUCCAGGACAUUUAUGAAGCCGUAUCUCAAAACAAGAUUGCGGCUCUGCAACUCGACACGACAGCUGGGCCCAUCACACCCUCCGUUCAGAUUCCCGUGCCAUUCUACGUUACCGACCUCCACCAAAUCGGUCAGAAGGAGUCCAGAGGUCUCUGGCUGACAACAGCCAACUCCUUUACAGGGGAAGACACCCUGGACGAGCCCGGCUUCCUGGAUCGCAACUUCGCAUUGCUUCUAAUGGGGGAUGAGAAGAAAAUCAUUGCUGAGCUGCAGGCAGACCCAGACCCCAGCACAGUCGCCAUGGUCGAGUUUGCUCGUUUGUCAAAGCCAACACAGUCCUUCUAUCAAGUCGGUCAAAGUAACGUACUGACGCUGAGCCAAGUGCGUAAGUACGCACAACACUUCAUCUUUUGGCGCCGCGCCAUUGCAAUCCCGCCUCUGCACGCUCGUGAUAUCUACAUCAUGUCUCCGAACUGUGACACUCGCAACCUCCCCAGGGCUAGUUCAGAGUGGCAAAAGACAUUCCCCCUGGCGCCGCCACUAACCAACUUCCUCGCCGAACUGUCCUACGCGCCGCGCCCGUACAAGCAUUUCUGCCCUAGCAAGGCGCAUCGCCCAACGUACUUGGCCAUGCUGGCAUGGCUGAUGCGUGGUGCUUGGGUCACCCAGCUCUGCACCUUUGCAUACGUCAUCGUCUGGCCCGAGAUAAUAUACGAGGUCGAACACAAGCUCGAGAGUGAUGAGCUGCGCAAGGCCGACGACACCAGCUCUCUCAGCACCAGCAGCGGGGCGCGCAGCAGUAGUUCUGGCAUCUUGAACCCCGUCGAUGAGCAGUCCGAGACCGACGGGGCGGCAGGGGCGCACGUGCCGACGAUGAGCGAGCAGGUGGCCGAAAAGGCCCGGCUGGAGCGCAUCGCGGAGAAGACACAGCGCGAAGCUGCCGAGAAGGCCACGGCGCAUGCCCGCAAGGUACUGCCGGCGGUGACGGACCACCCGUCAACCAAUGACGCGCCGCACCUGGCGCGCAUGGUGCCGUACAUCAUUGUCGACGCCAAGAAGGCCACGGGCAAAGACUCGCUCUACCUUUCGGCCAUCGGCAAGCGCUUCAAGGAUCCAAAAGUCGCCAAGGCGUGGCAAGAUUUUUGGAAAUACUUUAAUGGGCAGACGGCGCUCGAGAGAAUCGCAUUGCAGGAGGACAUGAAACGUAAGGAGGCUUGGAACCUGUUGACAGCGAUGAGCGAGCAUCUUCUUUGUGUGCGGCAUUGGUAG